AUGGGUCAGCUAGUGAAUGAUGUACAGCGUACAUUCGAAGAUCAAACCACAAUGUUCAAAUUGAAUCUCUCCUUUGGUUUCGUAUUAUUCAACAACGACACGGAACAAAUGCAAUAUCAUCACUCGUCUGCCAACAAUAAUCGUGUGUUCGACGCUCCCUUCCUCAUGCGUAACCGUGAGGAUUUAGACCAAGUCCGUGCAACGUUGGAAAACUUGGACGUUUUUGAAUUGGCACGGCAACGACGACCGAAUUCCAAAUGGGUCGUCAUGGAUAUCACUAACGCCACCUUCUACGUGACAAAGCUUCGAGAUCAUCCCAUCGGUCGUAGCAGGCGUUUGCCUAAAUACGUGCUGGAGAAUCCUGCCAUCGUAUCAUUAGAUUGUAAUGGACAAACUGGCUUACCAUACGAAGAUAAUCUCUGUUUAUUUCGUUGUUUGGCCCUACACCGUAGAUGUCACCCACAUAAUUUAGAACGUGACACUCAGCAUUACUUCGAACGGUAUUCUGAAGAUGAUGAUUUUGAUGGUGUUACUCUCGAGGAAUCACCAGAGCUGGAAAAAAUGUUCGAACUUAACAUUCAUGUAUAUCGACUCAUAGAAUGUUAUGAACGACAAGGCCGAUAUUGUGGCCCAACUCAUACAACGAUCCCACCGUGCCUAUGCGAAUUCCAUGAACCUUAACCUUUAUGGAAGUCAUUUUAGUUACAUUAAGAACAUGACAAUGUACUCGAAAUCGUACUGUUGCUUGAAAUGUGAGAAAUUAUGGAAAUCUGCGAGAGCUCUCAAUAGACACAAGAGAACAUGCGAAGCCACGGUACGUCACGUUUUCCCUGGUGGUGCCUAUAAAGUACCACAAACUAUCUUUGAUCUGCUCACGGACGAAGGAAUUGAAAUCCCAGAAGAAGUUGAAAUAUUUCCCGUAUCGAGCUACGUUUGACUUUGAAUGUUAUUUUAAGCGUGAAACAGAACAUCUUCAAAAUACUGCAAAACUUACGUGGGAAGCUGAACACAUCCCGUUAAGUGUUUCCGUACACUCAAACGUAUCUGGUUACAACCGACCAAAAUGUUUCGUUUCGUCUGGCUGUGCAAGUGAUAUGAUUAAAGAGUUCGUGGACUAUUUGGUAAAAAUCAGUCAAAAGAGUUAUGCAUUGUUGUUGGAUCGGUUCUCCGACGUCUUUGAACAAAUCAACGAAUAG